UGCAAGUUCUACUUAGGUAUCUGCACUGAAUGUCAACAAAUGGAAGGUAAACCCCGGACAGGAACAGCAUGAAGGUGUUUGGGGUUUAAGGCUCUGCUCCGAAAAAAAUACGAGGCAGGAUGGAAGAUCAGCUACAGACCAUUGCCGAGGACUACAAUGAGGGACGAGAAGGAUGCAAUCAGGUAACACACUGUCACAAACGUGUCGAUGACAUGAGAUUUCAUCUAUCUCAAGAUGAUAAGGAUACCGAAAAGGCCUUGAAAAUUGGACAGGUAGCAAAUGUACCACCUUGAACGCG